GAGCCUAUUCUUGUCGUAGUACCGAAUUCUGCAUGGUAUCCUGUUUUGUUCCUCGGUGCAGCACUGAAAGGAUGUCCUUUGUCCGGAAUCAAUCACGAAUUAUGGUGCUCUGCUCUGGGAAGGAAAUGCUGCGAAUUUCCCGGUGUUAUGAUGCUGCCUCGCGAUUUGCCUCCCUGGGAAGAUACCCUUCCCGAUUUGUUUCGAGAUAUCCAACAUGAACCUGACGACACGCUGUUGCUGCCAUUCUCGAGCGGUACAGGAGGAAAACCUCGUUGUGUCGAGCUGACGCACCGCAACUAUAAGCCUUGUUUGACCAGCUUGUCGUGGAGAGUCGACGCCGGACAGUCGCUGUGCUGCCAUUUUAUCAUGCCUCAGGAUUUUGGGCACUUCUUUAUUGCCUUCUUGAAGGAUGUCACAGUAUCG